AUGCGCCGAUAUGCAAAGAGCCAUCGUACAGAUCUCGAUCAGAUUGAGGACAACGAGCUUGCAGCCGCUGAGGCUCGUGAGCCAAUGCCCCGAAACGUACAAGACUUCAAAAAUCAUCCCGUAUAUGCACUUGAGAGGCAUCUCCGACGGCACGAGGUGCUUGUGCCAGGGGCACAAAUGGCUGGCACUGUUGGCGCUGGGAGCAAAGGUCCAUUAGAGCGCAUCUAUCGACGCCGAGACGUGCGUAUCGCCCGAUCAGCCGAGACAUGGUAUCGUAUGGGUCGUGAGGUCAAGCCAGGUGAAGAACCUGUAAAAAUUCUGCCGAAGAAGGUUAGGAGAUCCAGGAUUUCUCUCGGCGAUGAGGACGACGAAGAAGAGGAGGAGGAUCCUGUGUUGGGGAUCGUACCAUUAUCUGCGGGCACGCCUAUAUAUAUGCCUGAACAAACCGAGCUUUACCGUGCUCCUCCCGUUAUCAAUGGUCGUGUGCCAAAGAACAAAUUUGGCAAUCUAGAUGUCUACGUGCCCAGCAUGGUUCCGGAAGGGGGUGUACACAUUAUCGACGAGCAUGCUGCACACGCCGCUUUCGUUCUUGGAGUGGACUAUGCACCAGCCUUGACCGGGUUCCAGUUUAAAGGGCGGAAAGGAACAGCGGUGCUUCUUGGUGCUAUUGUCCCUCAGGAGAGUGAAGAGGCCGUUCGCGCUGUAAUUGAAGGCUUUGGGGAUCUGGAAGCCCAGAUGGAAGAGGAUCGUCGCGCUACGAAGGCGUUGAGAAUGUGGAGCAGGUUCUUAAAAGCCCUGCGUAUUCGGCAACGGAUCUGGGCGAAUGUAGACCCUGACGCGGAAGAGGAGCUGGAACCAGGCGGUUUCGAGCCCGAAAAGGGGAAAGAAGUUGCGGACGAGGAUAUGGACCUGGAUGAUGCGCCGAGUGAUGUCACAGAGGAGUAUUUCAUGGAAGAAGAUGACGAGGGAGGCGGCGGGUUCUUGAUCGAAUAA